UAGGGUCCAGCUUACUUUUGUAGCAGUAUGCUAAGUCACACUCAUGUACAUAUAUCAUAUCAUAUCAUUGUAUUCAGUAGUUCCUUGUAUUUAACUGUUAGUUCUUAAGUAUGUAUAAGCAGUUUGUGAAGUAAGGAGGAAUGAGCAAAAACCGAAAAUAAAAGAGUCAGUCUUGUGUUAGCUCUGGAACUGUGCGGGUGUUUUCUCUGCUACAGCGUCAGAAGUGGUUGUGAGACCUUCGUGCCAUUUGGAAAAAAAAAAGAAGAAAUAAAAUAAAAUAAUAACAAUAAGUUGGUGAAAUAGUCAAAUUGAUUCAUUAUGGACACAAUAAACAUAAACGAUUACACAGCAAUUGAACUACGCGAGUGGUGUAAAUGUUUGCUUUUGCCGUCUCACGGCAAUAAAAAUGAACUUGCAGCCCGUUUAAACAAAUUAAGUGCUGAUCAUCGUGGAGAGUGUCCGAAGACAAAACAUAUUGAUUUGAUUGAAAAUCCAAAAAUUUUAUGUGACAUUCCACAAAAUUCUAAUGAACACGAAAUCGAAAAGCAACAAGACAAUUUAAGUGAAGACAAACCCGAAAAGCAAAAACAAAGUUCAAAAGAAGCAGCAGAAAUGUUACAGGGCACAGACGAAAUGCAAAACCAAAAACAGUUAGGCGACACAAAUGAUGAGACAAAAGAUCAGCUACAAAAACACAACACAAAUGAAGAGACAAAAGAUCGGCAACUAACACGCAAUACAAAUGAAGAAGCAAUGGAUCAGAAUGAGACACAAAAGACAAAGGAAACGGUAGAAAAUGAACAGAAAAAAUUAUUGGGUGCAGAAGAAGCAUCGAAUGAAGACCAACAAAACGAAAACGGUGGCGCCACUAAGGAGGGCAAAUACUGCGAAUUAACGAAUGAACGUCAGCAAAUAGCAAGCGAAACUGUUGCGAUGGGAAGACAACUAAACGAAAUAAGAGAAGAAGCGAGAAAAAGGGAAAAACAAUUACAGAGCUAUAACGAAAGAACAAAAAAUGAAAAGAGGAAAAAAUCGAUUGUAUACAAAUUAGGAGAUUACGUAGUUGUAAAAAACUUUGACUCUCACACAGGCAACGAUCGCUAUAUUGUCGAGGACGUAGACGGAUUUCAACAAUCUAGGGUCCCAUAUUCAGGAGUUUGGGCUUCGGCCAAUAUGAAACCAUGGCUCGGUUGGUUGGAAAAUGAAAGGGAUGAUCAAGACAAUGAUGAAUUCGAGUUAGAUGAAAAAGAAGAGGAGCGAACAAAUGAAACGUCAAAUGAAAAUGGAAAAGAACAGUCAAAUGAAAUGUUAAAAGAAAAUGAAAAAGUAAACGAACAAUCAAACAGAAUGUCAAAAGAAAACAUAGAAAUAAGCUUAAAAAAUAAACCCACUGUAAGGAUAAAAAGAAAUGAAAUUAUAACGACCAAUGAAUCAAAUAAAAACAUGAAUGUAAAUAAUAAUAAAAGUAUUGAUAUCACAACAAAAAAUGUAACAAAUAGAGUGAGUCGAACUUAUAAUACUAGAAGUAAGUCUAAGAAAAGUUGAUUUGUAUUUAAAAAGAAUCAGGAGAUCCUUGACGGUCAGAAUGGCCGAAUUGUAGCAGUAUGCUAAGUCACACUCAUGUACAUAUAUCAUAUCAUAUCAUUGUAUUCAGUAGUUCCUAGUAUUUAACUGUUAGUUCUUAAGUAUGUAUAAGCAGUUUGUGAAGUAAGGAGGAAUGAGCAAAAACCGAAAAUAAAAGAGUCAGUCUUGUGUUAGCUCUGGAACUGUGCGGGUGUUUUCUCUGCUACACUUUGGAGCUAACUUUGGGUUGAAACCUUCGCAGGUCUUCGAGAGGUGAUGCAGCUUUACCACCAUGGUGGUGGUGCACCACC